UUUUGUCUGUAGCAACAAUGGAGCUAAAGAGGGACCAAUGAAUAUUGGAAAAUGGUUCAAUCAGUCACGAGGAGUGUUUCAAACCUUCAAAACCUCUAUUUCUCUCUCCAUCCCUCUCCACUUCUUAUCUCCUACGCUAUUCUCCUCUUUCACACGAGACCAACAUGUCUCGCGAUCCAGUGGCUUCCAUCUCUUCUUCUUCCUUAGUUUCUAUUCAUGAUCAUGAGAGAGUAGAACCCGAGACAAUACGGGUGCUCGUCAAUUCAAUCAAUCAGCACAUCAAUGAGUUCCUUGCAGACACCAAAACCCGAAAAUCUUUGAAACAGAAAUGCACUUCUAAGCUCAAGAUUCAAAAGCAAGAAUUCUUUGAAUUCUCCGAGCAGUCAGUACUAUCAAAUCUUUAUUGGGGUAUUGAGAGUGUUGAAGCUGCAAUAAAGACGAAAAGCCCAGAAGAGAAGACCUCCCGGCUGAAGAAUUCAGAGAAAUUGCUUCAAGUCCCGGCAUUGCUCGAUGAGCACGGAGUCACAGUGGGAAUUUCAAACCGUUACUUGGUUUGUUGCUCCUACUUUUACCUCUCUGUGGUCUGGAAGCUCCAAAGGGAUGAGUGCCAGGUUGCACUGCAUUUUCUGCAAGCUCUUUCGGUCUCCCCAAGACUUGUCCAGACAGAAUUUGUACCAAAACUAUGUGAAAGUCUAUUUCCUUCGUGUAUUAUGUCUGAAAGGCAGGAAGCGGCUGCAAGAAGCAGCUUGGAAUCAGCCUCUCUCAUGGAUUUCCAUGAGGACGAGAUCGGUGAGGAGAUGAGGCAGAUGGCAAGCAGAUAUAAGGCCUGGAUGACAUAUUAUCAGGUCAUGUCAUAUGGAGAGACCCCUCAAAAGUACUGCAGAAGAAGAGGUAUUGCUUCAGCUGACGAUGAUCCACAACAUUUUGUUAUGAAUAAAGAAACCACAAGCACCAACUCUUCAAAUUCAUAUGAUGGUGGAAACAGCUUUCGAACCUAUGAAAAUUUUGAGAAGGUGCAUCCACUCUAUCCUCAAGCAUAUUUAAGUGAUGACACGGCAGAGAAGCCUAAGGCGUUUGAGGUGAUUCCAGAGUUACAAGUGGGAAAUUUGGAACAUGUUUAUAGUAGGGAUAAUAAAAGAAACUCAAAUAUCAAAUGCAUCAAAGAUAUGUUACAGGAAUCUGAGUCAGAUUAUACACCAAUUUGCCGGGAUUCAUGUGACAAAAGUUCUACAGAUGAAGGUGAUUUUGAUGUAAUUGCAGAAAGAACACCAUAUUGCCCGGGAGAAUAUGCGCAAGAAACUGAAAGCUCAGUCAGAAUCGUUAGAACAAAUGCUAAUGAUCAACAACUAGAAAUCUACAAUCAGAAGAAGCAAGCUCCUUGCUCGAUACUGAAUACAAAGUGCACAGUUUCUUUGGCACAAGCUCCAGGGCGUCCAAUGCAAGAAGAAUCCAAUAAAGGAAAUGUCAUGAAGUUCAUUUCUGGAAUAUUCUCCGGUUCCAGUGAUCUGGAUUUAUCCAUAUUGGAACUAACAGACAUGAAUUCACAUUCUCUUUGGGAUUGCCAUGUAAAAGGAGGGAAAUUUCAGAGGAGAAUGUACCUACCUGAUUCCCAGCACUUCAGUCAUAUGGAAUCUAUGGCUCUGCAGAAUUAUCAGUUCACACAGAUGGAUUGCGGAAAAAGCUCUGCAAGGAGAAGAGAACACUCAAGUAGCCAAAACAACUUAGAAGUCUGUUCACAUCCUGAAAAAGGCUCCCUCAUUGAACCAGUGGGGAUAAUUGAGAAAGCAAUUUCGAAGCUAUGCUUCUCGGAGGGAUUAGAAAAAUAUAAUGAAGAUUACGCAGUUGAAAUUACAGGAAUAUAUGAAAUGUUGGACAAAAAGGAAGGAGUAAAAUAUGCUCUCUUGAAGGACGUAAUUUUGGAUCAACUGCUAAUGGCUAUUUCAUCUUCCAAAGAAGAGGGGAUAAUAAGGGCAGCAGUGUCUAUACUAUCAACUAUCAUUUUGGGGAACAAGGCACUCAUAGAAGACAUAAAGAGGAAAGGUUUACAGUUGUCUGAUUUGGCAAGUGCCUUAAAAGGGAAUGUAUAUGAGGCAGCUAUUCUUAUCCAUUUAAUAAAUCCAUCUCCUACUGAAAUUAAGAGUUUAGAACUUUUACCAGCACUAGUAAAGGUCGUGUGUGCUUCAAACAGCUAUAAGAGUAGCCUAGCAUCACUUCUGCUGGCUCCUCCUGCUGCAUCAUUGAUGAUUAUUGAAGUAUUAGUAACUGCAUUUGAUUAUGCUACAAAUAACAUGCACUUGGCUGCAAUUAAUUCUCCACAAAUACUUUCUCGCCUCAUUGAUGUCCCAAGAAAUAAUCAUCUGGAAGAGGUUAUUGCUCUGGCCACUAUUCUUGUGAGAUGUAUGCGGUUUGAUGGACAAUGCAGAAAACAUAUAUCGCAAUUCACUCCUGUGGCUCCAUUUCUCUCCCUCCUAAGUAGUAAGCAGAAGCGUGCAAAGUACAUCGCUCUGGAAUUUUUUCAUGAACUCCUUCGCAUGCCAAGGUCAUCAAGCAUUAGUCUUUUGCAGCAGAUACGAAAAGAAGGAAGCAUCAACAAUAUGCAAAUAUUAUUGCUCCUAAUUCAACAAUCACAACCUGAGUACAAACUUUUGGCAGCAAAUCUGUUGCUUCAAUUAGUCGCACUGGAAGACUUAUCUAGUAGAAGUAUAUUCAGAGAAGAGGCCAUGGAGGUACUCCUGGAGUCGGUAACAUGUGAGGAAAACUCUGCUGACCAGCAAUUAUCAGCAUUUAUUCUGUCAAAUCUUGGUGGAACUUAUGCCUGGACUGGGGAACCGUAUACAGUAGCAUGGUUGCUAAAAAAAGCAGGUUUGACCUCACUGCAGCAUAGGAAUAUGAUAAGAAACUUUGACUGGUUGGAUCAAAGCCUCCAGGAUGCUGCCACAGACACAUGGUGCAGCAAGGUUGCAAGACGCAUUAUUAGAAGUGGGAAUCCUGUCUUCCAUGUGUUGGAGAAGGGCCUAAAGAGCAAGAUAAAGAUGGUUUCUCGAGACUGUCUCACAGCUAUUGCAUGGCUUGGAUGUGAGAUUGCGACGAGCCCAGAUAACGUGAGAUAUUCUGCAUGUGAGAUCUUGCUAAGUACAGUUGAGCAAUUUUUGCAUCCUGGAUUGGAGCUUGAAGACAGACUCUUAGCAUGUCUAUGUAUCUAUAACUAUGCCUCUGGUAAAGGUAUGCAAAGACUACUACAUUUCUCAGAAGGAGUAAGGGAGUCACUAAGACGACUUUCAAAUAUAACAUGGAUGGCAGAGGAAUUGCUAAAGGUGGCUGAUUAUUUCCUGCCCAAUAUUUGGAGAAUAUCUUGCGUUCACACACAAAUUCUGGAAGCUGGUAAUGACUGCUGCGGAGCUGUGACUGCACUUAUCUACUACAAGGGACAGCUUUGCAGUGGAUAUGCAGAUGGUUUAAUUAAGGUGUGGGACAUCAAGGGAAAAGCAGCCACACUUUUAUUGAGCAUUAAGGAGCACAAAAAGGCAGUGACAUGUUUUUCGCUCUUUGAACCAGGAGAUUGUCUGUUGAGUGGCUCUGCUGAUAAAACAAUGCGGAUUUGGCAAAUUGCCAAAAGGAAACUGGAGUGUAUUGAAGUAAUAGCAAUGAAGGAACCGAUUCAAGGUUUAGAUAGUCAUGGACAAAUGAUUUUUGCAAUUACAAAAAGCCAUGAGAUGAAGGUGUUUGAUGCAUCAAAAACAGCCAAAGACAUUUGCAAGAGUAAACGUGUGAAGUGCAUAAGAGUAAUUGAUGGGAAAAUUUAUGUAGGUUGCAUGGAUUCAAGCAUACAGGAGUUAGAUGUAACAAACAAUCGGGAGCGAGAGAUAAAAGCACCAUCAAAAAGUUGGAGCAUGCAAAGCAAGUCCAUCAAUUCAAUUGUAAUGUAUAAAGACUGGUUAUAUAGUGCAAGUGCAAUUGUUGAGGGUUCAUAUAUCAAGGAGUGGAGAAGACAUAGCAAACCCCAAAUGUCAAUAGUACCAAAGCGAGCAAACGUGCUGGCAAUGGGAGUGGUGGAGGACUUCAUAUACUUAAACUGCAGUUCAUCAACAAGCGUCCUUCAGAUUUGGUUGAGAGGGACACAGCAACAAGUAGGAAGGUUGUCAGCUGGCAGCAAGAUAACAAGUCUACUCACUGCCAAUGACAUUGUGUUAUGCGGUACUGAGAGUGGACUAAUCAAGGGCUGGAUCCCCCUCUAGCAGAAACAAUUGAAGUGGCCUAAAUUAUAUUACAACUUCGUCAAGUAUAGUAUAUGUGUUUGUUUGAUUGAAUCACAUUACCAUGUACAAAGCAAUUGUAAAAUAUAUAUCUAGAAAAGGAAGAGGACUAUCAUACGAUUGAUAAGAGUAAUGUUACCUUGAAAGACUAUCUCCUUGUAAAUUAAUUGUAUACCACAGUUCAACAUUGAAAAGAAUAAUAGCACCAAUCUUUUCUAAUUUAA